GUGUGAUGUCACUUGUUUGUGGUAUUGUGAUGUCACACUGUUCUCUGUGACAUGUUUCACCCAGUCAGGUGACACAUAUUUGUCUGUCUGAUCCCCUCGGAAAAUGAGCCAUGUUGAAGCUGAUAUUCUGCCUGCUGUGUCUGAGUUUGUGUGUGGAUCGGUCGUUGACCUGUCUUCAGUGUUUCAUCUCAUCAUAUGACAGCGUUCGUCUAUGCUGGGGCCAUAUCCUCAUCAAGGAAAAUAUCCGUAAUGUGGAUGCAUGCAUGGUGCUAUUGGACAACAUUUUCAACUUCAACCAGACCGUCAUUAAUGCAGGCAGAGUUGGGAGAGGCUACGACCAAACACUCACAGACAUCAUGGUGGCACAGAUCAUGCCAUUGCUGGAGGAGUUCGACCAGAAGACUCACAGUGAGACAGUGUAUAAGGUCAGACUGAUGGCAGCUGCAGAAAAUUUCACCGCACAUGCCUCCAAGGUGCCCAGAGCAUCAGGAUGUUUUCCACCUUGUGGUUUCCAGGUAGAGGGUUCUGUCUACAACUGCCGCAGCUGCCAGUAUGACUCGUGCGAGUACCCUCUGGACUGCCCAGUCAAGGAAGUCGUGGUGGGGGAGAACAACAGGACACAGAUGCGGUGCGACGUCCUAUUUCCGUUGCCAGGUGACAUUGAGGUCGUGUGGAGGUACGCUGAGACAGAGACCCAGCUGCUGGAGCUGCUGAAGGAGGUGACCAUGGGUGCGGACCUCCUCUACUCCAUCCCCUCCGCCAGCCCCCAGCACGCCGGCACUUACCAGUGUGAGAUCUUCACUGAGGGACGCUCCAUCGUCAGGCAGUAUUUCUACCUCACAGUCAUCCCACAGACUGUAAUUGGCCACUCUGAGCUGCAGAGUCUAUUUGACCAGACCCUGGUGUCUGGAGGUCAGUCGCCCCAGGUGACCCUUGACCUCUGGGAGGGCUCACUGCUGCGCCUGCCGCCUCCUUCCCUUCUCACUGUGUGCCUCAGCGGCCUGCUGCUCCUCUUGCUCUUCUCUCUAGGGUCUCUGUUCUGGUGGUCGUUUCAGAGAGAUCCCAUUCAAUCGAAAGACUCUAGAGUUUCUCGACGUGACUGUGGAUAUAAUGAUGGCAAUGCGGAUGAUGACGGGUGUGAUGACGAGAGUGAGCAAAGCAUGUUUGAAGUUUGGGGUCGAUUACGGUCAGGCAAUGGCUGGAAACCAAGAAACCAAUGCACAUCACACCACAGAAUCUGGUGUGAUCCCUUUGAGCCAGAGACCCUCCCUCUGGCUCAUUAG